AUGAACUCGGACACUUUGACGCGUGGCCUGCUCUUCCUGUCUCUGGCCGUGACCGGCGUUCCAGGCAACACCGCGGUCAUCUGUGCCUUCCUCUCUGUGGCGUAUCACGAGGGUCGCCUCUCGGCCGCCGACACCAUCGUGCUGCACCUGGCGUCUGCUAACCUGAUGGUGGUGGGCGUUCGCUGCCUGUUGGAGGUCCUGGCCACAUUUGAGAUCCACAAUGUGUUUGAUGACACCGGCUGCAAGGCGGUCAUUUUCAUCUACCGCACCUCCAGAUCUCUGUCCAUCUGGCUGACAUUCGUGCUGAGUGCGUAUCAGUGCUUGAGCGUGGCUCCGCCGGGCUCGCGUUGGGCUGCCGUCCGUGCUCUUCUCGCCCAGUACCUGGCCGUCCUCUUCCUGGCGCUAUGGCUAAUCAACACCUCCAUGAGUGCCGCUCCGCUGCUGUUUGCCGUAGGGGCCCGGAACGACUCCAGACUCCUGCAGAAUGGGAUCAACAUCGAGUUCUGCUUCCUGAGCUUCCCAUCCAGGUUGUCGCGGGAUGCCAACGGCGCGGUGCAAGUGGGACGAGACGUGGUGCCGAUGGCUCUGAUGGCGACGGCCAGCCUGGUCCUGCUGGUGUUCCUGCUCCGUCACAGCCGGCAGGUGAAGGGUCGGCGGGGUGGCGGGGCGAGGCAGGGUCCAUCUGCGGAGCGCCGCGCCGCCCUCACCGUCAUCACUCUAGUCACGCUCUACGUGCUGUUUUACGGGGUGGACAACGGACUGUGGGUUUAUACGCUGACCGUGCCUCAGACACUGGGCUCCUCGCUUAUCUCAGAUCUGAGGAUCUUCUUCUCGUCUCUGUACGCCGCCGUCAGUCCCAUUGUGAUCAUUGUCUCUAACAGGAAAGUCAAUAAACAGUUGAAUUGUGGGAAAGAGGCAAAGACUUUCUCAGACGCAGCUCAGCCCAGUGAUUGA